GUAAACAUUAGGAAAAAUAACUUAACAGAAAAACUUUGAGUUAGGAGUGACAAACUAUUUUUCAUGUUUGUCCUGUUCCAUUUAAGUGACGUCGGAAUCUUCUGACGUCACAUCCUCGACAGAAUACGUCAUCGGCGACGUCAAUCAACUAGACCGAUGUUCUGCUUGUCAUAUACAAGGGUGCGGAAAUUAGUGUGACAAGUCUCUUGGAUUACCAAGAUCAGUGGUAGGCUAGAUACGAAUCUAGUUUGGUUAGUGUACCAUUGGACGUCACGUGGUCACAUGACAGUCAUAGCAGUAGGCCGGGGUCAACAUGACAGACUGCUGUCGGGAUGUCCCCAUCUGCGGAAAGAUGCAGAAGGCUUCUAACAUUUCUCCAACUCCGUAUCCAGCCAUGACCAAUGGGUAUUAUACAGGAAACGGAUCGAGCACUACAGAAGGAAUUCACUUUUAUCAACAAAGCAACUAUACAGAUUUCAGCUAUCCGGUGCAAGCGAAAUCUCCUUCGGACCAAGAAAACCGCGAACCCUAUCACGUACGUAAUAGUGAUGAAGCAUCUAGAAGUACUUCCUUACAUCGUCAGGGAUUCGUGUAUUCGUGGAUGAAAGAGAGCCGAUUAAACACCACCAAACAGCAAGCGUCACAGGAGUUACAUCAAGCAACAGACACAGGAGACCAACCAAUAAAACGUGCAAGAACAGCAUAUACCAGUGCUCAAUUAGUAGAAUUAGAAAAAGAAUUUCAUUUUAAUCGUUAUCUAUGCCGUCCGAGGAGAAUAGAAAUGGCAGCUUUACUUAAUUUAACAGAACGCCAAAUAAAGAUUUGGUUUCAAAAUAGAAGAAUGAAGUUCAAAAAGGAACAAAAAAGUAAAGGGUUAUCCGUAGAUGAUAGAGCACCUAGUCCGUCAUCUGGAGGAACCGAAGGAUCUCCACUUCCUCAAACACUGUCUCCUAUCGGGCCAUCUGUUACACCUCAGUCUACAACUUUAUAAACGAGUGAUAUGGCGAUGCAUCAUUAUCACGAACCUG